CCUAAGCGAAUCUGCUUCACCCGUGAAUUGACGCCUUCCAGGCAUACUUGAGGCUAGCUUUGCGGCGGAAUCCUUCCGAUCUGCUUCGACUUGCACUGGCUACAGUAGACCGCUGUUUUGAGGCAUUAUACAUGGCGUCGUCCGUCACCAUGGCAAUUGCUGUACUCUGCGGCGUACUGGCAAUGUCGAAGGUGGGCUAUGGGCAGGAUUUCAGAGUAAACACCUGUCCAAUACCCGCACAGAUCCGGAAUGGCCGUUAUACCACAACAGGUCGGAGUGUAGGAAGCACGGUGACCUACGAAUGUUUCGCUAACUAUGAGCUGGUCCGUGAGGCGCAGGCAACGUGUCUGCAGGAUGGAUCCUGGUCCAGCCUAGCACCAGAGUGUCAACGUAUCCGCUGCCCAGAUCCAACACGCAUACCUAACGCAGGUUUCCCGGUGCCGGACCCGACAGUUGGUAAUACAGUGACAUAUCGCUGUUUCCCAGGAUACACUCUAGUUGGCCAGGCUACACUGGAGUGUCAGCCGGAUAAGACAUGGUUUCCAGAGGUGCCGUCAUGCAUACAAACUACAUGCCCGCAACCAAGUAUUGAGGAUGGUCAGUACACAGUGACAUCGUCCAGCCUUAUUGUUGGUACUCGUAUAACGUAUCGAUGCAACGCAGGAUUUGAAUUGGUGGGCAACGUGGCAGCAAUCUGCCAGAACAGUGGAGAAUGGUCAAAUCAACCACCAACAUGCAGAGCAACUGGAUGCCCGAUACCAGAAAGCAUUGUCAAUGGCGGCGUGGUGUAUUUGGAGACGACGGUGGGAAGCUCUGCCUUCUAUCAAUGUAACGCUGGAUUUAACCUGAUUGGCGAGCGUGAGCGCGUGUGCCAAGCUGAUGGUAGCUGGUCUCCUGAACUUCCAACAUGCAUAGCAACACAACCACCCGAAGAGGGGUGUGAUGAAAGCAUCGUCGAAACUUUUGAGAACUUGAAUGAUGGCAUCACCGAGCUGAUAACAGUAAAGCAAUCAGACGGACGUACAGUUACACGGAUUACCUAUGAAUGUAAUAAAGGGUAUGAACUAAUUGGAUCAGACAGUGCAGAAUGUGAUCUCGACUCAUCUCCGCCACAAUGGACUAGCCCGAUGCCAUUUUGCCGACGAAACCAGUGCUUUGACCCACCAACCAUAGCAAACGGUACUAGAACAUGGACAGGAUAUAAUGCAGGAGAUACGGCAACAUACAUUUGUAAUGCAGGUUUUGUGCUGGAAGGUGAAGAUCUUCUAAACUGUCGUGACACAACAUUUGAUUGGUCUCCUGAAGCACCAGUCUGCAUCCCAAUCCAAUGUCCUCCUCCUCAACUGAUCGACAAUGGUAUCAUACUGACUGGGCGGAGAACAUACACCAUUGGAAGUAGAGUCCGGUAUGAAUGCUCACAGGGAUAUCGCCUUGAGGGAGAGGUGGAAGCCACUUGUCAAGUGGACGGCAGAUGGUCUGUAGAUCCGCCGAUAUGCAUCCGAAUUCCAAAGCUGUGCGACUCAGGUCCUUGUGUCCGUGGUACCUGUGUGGACUUGCUGAAUGACUACAUGUGUAUAUGUCCUGCUGGAUUUACAGGCAAGAACUGUGACACACCUGAACAGCCUCCAAGGCCAUGCGACUCAGAUCCUUGUGUCCGUGGUACCUGUGUGGACUUGCUGAAUGACUACAUGUGUAUAUGUCCUGCUGGAUUUACAGGCAAGAACUGUGACACACCUGAACCUCCAAAGCCGUGCGACUCAGGUCCUUGUGUCCGUGGUACCUGUGUGGACUUGCUGAAUGACUACGCGUGUAUUUGUCCUGCUGGAUUUACAGGCAAGAACUGUGACACACCUGAAGAGCCUCCAAAGCCGUGCGACUCAGGUCCUUGUGCCCGUGGUACCUGUGUGGACUUGCUGAAUGACUACAUGUGUAUAUGUCCUGCUGGAUUUACAGGCAAGAACUGUGACACACCUGAAGAGCCUCCAAAGCCGUGCGACUCAGGUCCUUGUGUCCGUGGUACCUGUGUGGACUUGCUGAAUGACUACGCGUGUAUUUGUCCUGCUGGAUUUACAGGCAAGAACUGUGACACACCUGAAGAGCCUCCAAAGCCGUGCGACUCAGGUCCUUGUGCCCGUGGUACCUGUGUGGACUUGCUGAAUGACUACAUGUGUAUUUGUCCUGCUGGAUUUACAGGCAAGAACUGUGACACACCUGAAGAGCCUCCAAAGCCGUGCGACUCAGGUCCUUGUGUCCGUGGUACCUGUGUGGACUUGCUGAAUGACUACGCGUGUAUUUGUCCUGCUGGAUUUACAGGCAAGAACUGUGACACACCUGAAGAGCCUCCAAAGCCAUGCGACUCAAGUCCUUGUAUCCGUGGUACCUGUGUGGACUUGCUGAAUGACUAUGCGUGUAUAUGUCCUGCUGGAUAUACAGGCAAGAACUGUGAAACACUGAUCAAUUGCCCUCCGCCUACUCCGAUCGAAAAUGGUAAUGUGCGGACAUUCACGGCGACGUUUCAAGUCGGAAGUAGAAUCCGGUAUGAAUGCAAUCAAGACCACCGCCUUGAGGGACUACCAGAGGCUACUUGUGAAGCAGAUGGAAAGUGGUCUUCAGACCCCCCGAGAUGCAUUAGACUGGAAGAGCCUCAGACGCCGUGCGAAUCGGAUCCCUGCCUGCGUGGCAUCUGCGUAGACCUGGUGGAUGACUACAGAUGUGAGUGUCCCACCGGCUACACGGGAAAGAACUGUGAAACAUUGAUCAGCUGUGGAAAUCUAGAAGAAAUUGAAAACGGCGCAGUUGACUACAGUUCCACAACAGUCGGAAGCAGGGCUGUGCACACUUGUAACGCCGGCUAUAGGAUGGUGGGUGACAGCCAGGCUGUCUGCCAGGACACCGGAGAAUGGUCGGAGCAGCCAUCGUGCACGGUCAUAGCCAAGGCCCGCAACUGUCCCUUGCCCAGAGGUAUCUUCAAUGGACGUGUUACAUACACUGGCACUACAGCGGGAAGCAGAAUUCGAUACAGGUGCAACCGGGGAUUCAGGCUGGUUGGCCGGGCGAUAGCCACGUGCUUGGCUAAUGGACGAUGGACAUCAGCUGCUCCCACGUGUCGCAGUGUAGCAUCCUGUGGCGGUGGCUCCAGUAGUGAUGAUAACGGCUCUCGCAGCAGCAGUAGCUGUAGCAACAGCAACAGCAACAGUGAUGACUGAAGACCUCUUUGUUUCAGAGCUUAGCAAACUCAGACCGUGAAUUUUCUGAUUUUUUCACAUACACUUUCGUUUUAGAAAUGCAACAUGCUCUAUAAUGCUUGUAAUCUCAAUUCAUUUGAUCGUUUUGAGCGUACAUGUGCUUGUACAUUGAAGUAGCGGUUGUGUGAUAUCGCUUGCACUAACUUAGUGUAUCUGACAGGGUUGUAGUCAAGCAUAACAAGUCAUGUUAUAUAUGCAGUUGGGAAGUGGUUUUCCAUCAUCCACUACACACCAUAACUGCGCUCUCCAACCAACCUCAACACGUUGCCACAGCACACCACCAGCAAAGCGACACAUCCCGGUUGGUGCUGCUGCUUACCAUUUAUUUAGUUGUGAAGUACAAUAUCAAUAAUACAUUUGUAUACAUUAUA